CCAGAAUUCAAGAUGGCGGAGCUCGGAGCUUCGUUGACAGAUAUGAAGUGGUUGCACGAGUUGUCCGUUGGAGGGGCUAUGACGGGUGGAAAUGUGAACAAAGAUGGAACUCAAAUCUCAAAAGCUCAUGGCGGACAAGUGCCAAUGCGAAAAGCGCCAAAUUCGCCACUGGACACAAGUGCAACCCUUGAUAAAGACGAAGCGUCAAAUCAUAGAGAUGGAAAACCCCCGUAUAGUUACGCCAAUUUAAUUACAUUUGCCAUAAACAGUUCAAAACAUAAGAAAAUGACGUUAAGUGAGAUAUAUCAGUGGAUCUGUAACGAAUUUCCGUACUACAAAGAUGCUGGAAACGGUUGGAAGAAUUCUAUACGUCACAAUUUAUCUCUGAACAAAUGUUUUUUGAAAGUACCAAGAUCGAAAGAUGACCCAGGAAAGGGGUCGUAUUGGGCCAUAGACAACAACCCUCCAGAUGAUUCCUUGCCAUCUAGACACAAGAAACGGAAACUAAUUAGUGGAGAAUGGGCCACAUCGCCAUACAGCCCGGAAUCUGGUUUAAACUUGAACAACUCCAACAGUUUCAGUAACCCCCCUCUUUCUUCUGUCACAGUUCAAGUAUCCCCAAUACCAGCUCAGCAAGCAAGUCAGGUUCAGGUCCAGGUACCUGCCCAACAGACCCAACCAACUACUCUCGGCAAUUCCUUCAUUGAUAACAACAUAGGAAUAGAAGAUCUCAGUGCUUCAUUCAGAACCAUAUACAAAAACAUGUUUGAAACCAAUCCAGCAGGACCAACCCCCAGUUUACCUGGCACAGACUGGUUACAGAAUGUGGAGACAUUAAAAGAAAGUCUCAGACUCGCUGGUUCAGGCAGCAUAGACCUGAACAGUGUAGAUAUGCAACAAUUCCAAGGUCUGAUGGACACAAUGAAGCAAGCAGACCAUUCCAAUUGGUGUUUGAACCAGGAACAGUUUGCUGACCUAGCAUCUUCUCUCAGCACAUUCUUCAACCAGUCAGGUCUCCUCCCUACAAUCACCCCACCCACCACCACAACUAACACUGGUUAUUCAUCAACAAGUACUAGCACUUUGACAACAUUGAGCAACAACACAUCUCAUCUUACCGUCCCCCAAUCUUCCGUUAGCCCCUCCCUGAGCCCCACAUCACCAAGUGGAUUUAGUCCACAACCAACCCAAAAUGUUAUUGUUCAACCCACACAAACUGCUUCAUACAUCUUGAAUGAUGUGGAAGAUGACGAUGAAGAAUUCAAUUGGGAGAGGAUUUUAUAGUCGUCAAUUAGCAGCAACGUUCAUUAUCAUUCAUCACCAUGGCAACUAUACUGGACCGAGCAAUCCAGUUUACUGCAACUUUGAUAGUUAUUUUGUGGCGAGUGAAUGUGUGCAAGUGGAAAGUUAUUAUAUUGCGAUAUUCUUCAUUUGGUGAAGUUAAAUGCUUAUAUUAUAAACUGUUACAUAGAUUUCAAGACAACAAUCCCACUGUUGGCAUGCUGUACUUUGUGUAGCGAAUACUCAUCAUUGCGUUUACCUAACAUUUGGCAAUGUAUUGUGUUUCUAAAGUGUCUUAAAUCCCUAUUUAUUUUCUUGUGAUCUUACCAUGCUGAUCAGAUCCAGUUUACAGUAUUAUUUACAUUUUAUCAAUGGUCUGUUUGUAUGUUUCAUGUUUCCUUCUUCAAAAAGGUAUGUGUUUAAAAAAAAAAUCCUGUUUCACAUGAAAUUGACAAUCAUACGUUGGUAGAAAAUAAUUGAUCAUGGCAUGGUCCCAUUUUCAUGGUAAAAUUUCUUUUAAUUAGUUAUUGAGUUUGCUUGAGCUUGAUCACUAUUGUAAAAAAUGCGAUUUACCUUUUUGUGAUUUUUUAAUCAUAUUUCUCACCUGAUCCUAUGGCAAUAUUGUUAUUUUAUAUAUAAUUAUUAUAUUUUAUUUUGAGAGUUGUUGUUAGACCAUUUUAUACAUUGUUUGAUGCAGGGUGUUUUGUUUUUUUUUUCUUUUUCCAUUGUGUAUCUGCUGUUGACUUUUUAUUUAUGGAACUGCAGGCUCAGAUUUUUCCCUAGUCUUUGCAAUUUUAAUGAAAUCCCAUGGUUUCUCUAUUUCAUCACGACAGCACUUUACUUUUAAAAGAAUAAAUGUAUAACAGUUUAGUUUGAUUUGGAAAUCCUUUUUGUCCCAUCAAUUUUACUUUUAUUAUAAAUGUUAAAAAAAAUGUUUUCAUAAAUUUCCAGUUGAGGAAAACACUUGAAUAAAUUAAAAUUCCAUAUUAAAGCACUUUUGUUCAAGUAUCUAAACCUCAACUAGUGAGAAAAAUAUACCUUAUCAAUUUAAAAUUGCUUCUACAGAGCAGAAUUAAGUUGACAUUUUCUGAUUCUUGUUAAUAAUAUAAAUGUGUAAAUUAUUCAUACUGAUUCAAUUUAAUGCCAUUAAUGGUGUCUGUCAACAUUGAAAUGGUACUCCAACAAUAUUUGAUAAUUUGAAAUUUUCUGUUUAAUGUCUACUGAAAAUAAUUUUUCAGAAUCUAGCAAUUUUAAACGUGGAAUGUGAAACUAAAAAAAAAAAAAAAAUAAGUGGAAAGAUUAUAAGCCAUGUUUUACUUAAUCAGUAAGGAAGAACCCCUCUUGAAUAUGUGUACACAUUUCUUGACUUUGAAAAUCAAAUUAGUGCUAAUUUAUAUGUGUAUUGUUUCUUGCUCAGUAGUUCAGAUUUUACAGACCUUAACAUAUUGUUGAGGACUAGAUUGCACAAUUACAUGUAUUUUAUUCCUGUACAAAUCUUUCUUAGUGAACCAUGUUAGUUUUAAUCUUUUGAUCUUCUUACCUGGACAACGGAAUUGUCAGGUAAUAAGUUUCUCAUAUUUCAUUCACUGGAAUGCUAGAGGACUUUCAUCUUAUGAUAUUCAUUUUUAAUAGAUUGUAGUGAGAUUCAUACAUGUACAUGUAUAUUGUAUGAUAAAGAAAAAAUCAGCUUCACAACAUGUGGUAAAUGUUCCUGUAUCUUUAUUUGAAAUGUGGGUAUAUAUAAUCUGCAAAACUUAUAGAAACAUUAAGUAUGAUGUAGGUAUUUACCGGUAGUGAUAACAAAAAAUGUGCAAUGUGUUUCUACUGUAUAUAGCUUCAGAUCUGUACAUGCUUGUGUAUAAUUUCUUGCUUGCUGUGUCAGUUUCGUUUACCUCUCUUCCUUAUAACAAUUUUUCGGAGAGUUUUAGGUGUUUGCUUUAGUUUUAGGAUGCAUGUUUACCCUUUAAGGAGAGUGAUUGGCAGCUUUUCAAAGUAUAUGGUAGAAAUAGUAAUGUCCAAAAACUAGCUAUAGAAUUGAUGAGAACAGUUAUCAUUUUUUCUUAGUGCAGCAUGUAUAUGCUGGAAAUCUGAAUAAAUUAAUAAUAACAUCUGAGGUGACUGAGAAUAUGAUUAUGCAAUACAUGUUCUUUAGAAUUAUACCAUCUAUUGAUUUUGUUAUCAAAAUUUGUUUUUUAAUCAUGUUCAGAAAUGCCUUUAUUGAAUUAAAAAAUAUUUUUCUAGCUUUCUGUAAGUAAUGUUUAUGAUGCUGUAAAUAUAGACUGUUUUAAGUUGGUUAUUGCUUUUUAGAAACUUUAUUCAGGUUAAUGACCGUCCAUAUCAUAUAUACUUUUCUUUUGAGAGGCAUUUGCUGUGUAUCGUGUUACAUGUUCUUAUCAAGUUAUAAGUUUAUGCACCAAGAAUCACUUUCAGAAAUGAGUGAAAUACUGAAUAAAUUGCUUUUAAUUUGGAAAACCCACUUUAAACCACAUGUAGUAAUUCACUUACACAUUUGUAUUUUUCUAAGUACUACUCCUUUCAUUAUAAAGAAGUAAGGAAAAUGCAUUUUAUAAUGUCAAAUAUUAAUUUAAUUCAGCAGUUCAUUUUUCCAAAUGUACAUCUGAAUACCAAGAAAUUAUCACAGAAAAAUUGUAGAUUAUAACUAACAAAGUUGUUUCUCUGUAGUUUUUUCAUGACUAUGCAUUUUGUAAAUGAUUUUACUAAUGUUUUGAUAACAAUAUGUCAAUGAUAAGAAGCAAAUCAGUUAUUCCACAUGAAUCACAAUUAUUGCAUGUCGUGUCUGUCGGAGUGUUUAAGGAAUAGAUUAGUUCUAUUCUUUUAUUGCAAAUGAGUUGUCAUUGCAACUUUUCAUCAAUAAAAUUGUUGAAUAUCAA